AUGCACUGCAGCUGUAGAAUCCACGAGCUGAAUAACCUCGAAGAGAAUGCAAGAAACUUCAACUUCCAGCCUACCAUUCACGGCUAUCCCCGCCGCAAUAACAGCCAAGACACAGAGAGUGAAGAACUACGAGCCUAUCAGCAAAGUGGACGAUACUUUCAGACCCUAGAAACGUUCAAAAAAAUUUGCUCAGAGCAUGGAAGAACCAACAUCAUCAAUCAUCUGCAGUCACUGGACACAGACUCGCAAUUCCGAGAUUACGCUCAGUCUCUAUACAGUGGCACUCUCGCACCGAUGCAGUACAACCACCGCAUCGCAACCCAGUCUCCAGAACCAAGCCACAAAACAAAAGACUCGCAAGUACUUGUCUAG